AUGUGUCAGUGGUGCUGAUGCUGCAGGGAGGGGCGUGACGUCACAGGCCAGACCGCGCUGAGGAGGCGAAUGGAGAGAAGAGGGGGCAGGAGGAGAAGGGACGCAGGAGCAGCGGGGUGGGGGGAUGAUUGCAUCAAAGGAAAAUAAAAAGAAAUUAUGUCCCUUUAGUUAAUAUAAUGUUCCCCCCCCCCGUACACCGCCAUUUCCCCCCCAGUUUUCCUUCCCAUUGAGCCGCAAUAAAUGACGUCCCGCCUCCUCAAGUGUGAUCUGGCUUGAGAGAUAUGUCAUCUCCAGGCAUGGGCACCCCCAGUGACCCUCUUCUGGCCAGUCCAGAGGGGAGGUCAUCCACAGCUCAGGAAAGCACAUGGAGGAGCUCCUUACCCAAAACCGCCAGCUUCCCAACGUCCACCACCCGACACCUCAGCCACAGAGCCAACAACUUCCAAAGACAGCCAAAGCGCAGGAAGCUGAUACGACCUUCACCGCCACCCCCUCCCAACACGCCCUGCCCCCUGGACCAGCUGGACCUGACUGAGCUCCCCCCACGAAGGACCUUUCAGGAGCUGCUCUUCAACGGCUGCAUCCUGUUUGGUAUUGAGUUCAGCUAUGCCAUGGAGACAGCUUAUGUGACCCCCGUCCUUCUGCAGAUGGGCCUCCCGGAUCAAUUCUACAGCUUAGUGUGGUUCAUUAGUCCCAUUCUAGGAUUUCUUGUUCAGCCUCUCAUUGGAGCAUGGAGUGAUCGUUGUACAUCUCGGUUUGGGAGGAGACGACCUUUUAUUUUUGCGUUGGCUGUUGGGGCAUUGUUUGGUCUGACUCUGGUGUUAAAUGGGCGAGACAUCGGCGGCGUUCUGGCCGACACAGCAUCCAAUCACAAGUGGGGCAUCGUGCUAACUAUUUGCGGCGUGGUUCUGAUGGACUUCAGCGCCGAUUCAGCCGACAACCCAAGCCACGCCUACAUGAUGGACGUGUGCAGCCCAGAGGACCAGGAUCGGGGCCUGAACAUUCACGCGUUACUAGCAGGACUAGGAGGAGGAUUUGGCUACAUCGUGGGUGGAAUCAACUGGGACCAAACCCAGUUUGGGAGGUCGAUGGGGGGUCAGCUGCGGGUCAUAUACUUGUUUACAAGUAUCACUUUGGUGAUUGCUACAGCCAUGACUUUAACGAGCAUCCCUGAGAGGCCCCUACCAAAGAGCCAGACGAGCAAAAACUCCAGCAAAAACCAUCUGAAGAGCCCCAGCCUCCCUCUCCCUCCCUCUCCCCCCGUUCCCCCCGGAGCUUCUCUCGGACUGGAUCAGGAAGACGAGGAAGGCCUUUACAGCUACACUUUUUCAAAGUCUCACACGGGCAACCCCGACCCCCUGGCCCAUUCCUGCAGCGCUAAUGCGCGGCUUUGCGCUGGCCUGACGAGCCCCAUAUCCCCCAUGAGUCCGCUUACUCCAAAAUACGGCAGCUUUAUAAGCAGGGACACCUCGCUUACUGGCAUUAACGAGUUUGCCUCCUCGUUGGGAACCUCCUACAUAGACAGUGUGCUCAUAGACUGCUACACAGGCCAGCAGACUCCUCAGGCGCUGGCCCCAAACUCCACCACCGUGCCUCUGCCUCCAGGGGACUCCCCGGCUCCGGACGAGUCCGUGCAGGCGGCGGGGAAUCCUCCAGCGGUCCAGGCUGAUGGAGCCUCCCCAUCGCAUGCUCAGGAUGGAGAAGAGCCUCAGCCUGACGGGGAGGCGCAGACUCACUGUGCACCUCAGCCUGCAGACGAGGCUCCGCCUGGAGCGGGAUUACACCGAGGCUCCACGGCGGGCAUCCUGAAGCGCCCUCAGAGUCUCGCACUGAUGGAGGAGCCCAUGGCAACCCAAGUCGUCGGUCUGGAGAACGGACGAAGGAGGACCGUCACCUUCAGUCAACAGGUCGCAAACAUUUUGCUGAACGGAGUGCGCUACGAGAGUGAUCUGACUGAGAAUGUGGAGACGGGGGAAUCCCAAAUGUCAAUGAAGCUGCUGUGUAUAGCCAUCUACAGGAUGCCCCCCUCCCUGCGGAGUUUAUGCACCAAUCACUUUUUAGGCUGGCUGUCUUUCGAGGGCAUGCUUCUCUUCUACACCGACUUCAUGGGGGAGGUUGUGUUUGAAGGAGAUCCCAAAGCCCCCCACGACUCUGAGGCUUACCAACGCUACAACGCUGGGGUCAGCAUGGGUUGCUGGGGCAUGUGCAUCUAUGCAUUCAGUGCUGCUUUCUACUCAGCCAUACUGGAGAAACUAGAGGAGCGUUUCUCCCUUCGCACUCUCUAUUUUUUUGCCUACCUUGCAUUUGGUUUAGGCACAGGCCUCGCAACGCUGUCCACCAACCUCUACGUUGUACUUUCGCUCUGUGUCACCUACGGGGUGCUCUUCUCCUCUUUGUGUACGCUGCCUUACUCUCUGCUGUGUGAAUACUACCAGAGUCCUCAGUUCUGUGGCUCAUCAGAAGAGGGGACCAGACGAGGAAUGGGGGUGGACAUUUCUCUGCUCAGCUGCCAGUAUUUCCUGGCUCAGAUCCUGGUCUCUGUGGCAAUGGGACCUCUGACCUCACUGGUGGGAGGGGCUCAGGGAGUGAUGUACUUUGCAAGCCUGAUGUCAUUCGUGGGCUGCCUGUACUCCUCUCUCUGCGUGGUGUACCAGCUGCCCCCCCCUGAGGGUGAGCCCCCCGAAAGCGAGACCCGGCCACUGUUGGUGCACACUUAGCAAAACGCCUCCGUGCACACACACGCUAAAGCUAACUGCAUGAUGAACCCUCAGAGUCACAAACAGACAGACAGACAGACAUUGGCCACCACUAUAUUAUAUGUAAAUACGACCAAUCUGUUCAUAUAUUCCCAUUAUUUUUGCAAAGGAUUGUGUGGCUUUUUUUGGAUGUGUGUCUGAUUGUGUAAAGUCCUGUUUAUUAUUUCCAGCUUGUUUAGUUUGAUGUUUGGAGUUUAUGACUGCAAGCUAACCACUCUCUUUCUUUGCCUAAUAGUUGCAUGAGCUGCAGUACGGCGUGAUGUCACACAGCUUCUGUUUUAGGGCCAAAUGAAUGUCUACCUGCCUGUUUCUCUGAGUUUGCAUUUGAGCAUCGCACUGACAGCAGGAUUCUUAAUGAUGGUGCUGCCAGAUAUCUCCUCUCUCCGUUUAUUUUUAGGCAUAUUUUAGCUUUUCCCACUAGAAAAAGAGAUUUUUCGCACAUUUAAAAUAGAAAUUUUGUCAUUUAUUUUCACCAAAAAUGUGUCCCGAGGGCAAAUUCCCGAAGCCGAAGCCACACGCAGCUCUGUGUGCCGUCAUCCUCCUCUCUUGCCACUCCGUUGUAAAAUUGACAGUGAUUCUUGUCAUUGUCAGGAAGAGAAGUUGAAACUGGGGUGUGAAUCAGCAUUCAGUCGGAAACCGGGCAAAACAGAAGAAGAGCAAAGAGAAGACUCGUGAACUGUGGGUAACCCUGAAGAUGGACAUCCUUAAAAAAAAAAAAAAAAACAGGGGAAUCACAUGGCCAAGUGCAUUUUGUCAUCGUGAGGGCGCAUGUUUCAGAUAGGAGGCCUUUGUUCCAUCUCAUUAGUGCAGUUGUAAGCAAUGAUCUUCUCUGAAGUUUUUCACUCCAUCUUUUCAUCACCAAAAAAAGAAGCCAUUUUUUUUGUUUUUGUUUGAUGCGUGAUGUCAACUGAUCUGCAGCACUUCUGUACCUGAUAUCAGGGCGCUAAUCACAUGUAAAUCUUACGCAAAAGAUAUAAAGCUAAUAUGGUUCCAUUGAACAAUUUUCUCUGCAGAAUGUCAAUAAUUUCCUAAUAAUAAUAAUAAAGCCUCUUUGAGUAACUGGAGGCACGCCAUGCUAAUGUUUCCAAGGAAACAGUGACUAUUACACAUGCUGUUGCAGCUUGCUUGAAUACUUUGCUAUAUGGUAUUACCUAUAUUAGCAUUUAUGUAAAAGCUACUUUUGUUCAGGAUUUAGAUCAAAUUAAAAUCAUAGUUUUGCCAUUUUUUGACGUCCGUCUUUGUGCUUUUAUUUUGUAAAACCACUUCCGCCUAAAUCGGCCAGUGAAGUUCUCAUCUUUUGCCACAAGAGGGAGCCAAAAUGCACCGCAUCGUUGAAUUGUUGCACCCUGUUCCAUUACCAAGUGAAAUUAUCCUUGUUCCUUCCUGCAUCCAAGCCAGCCAUUUUCCAUGUAAAGGAAAAAUGGGUCAAGUGACAUCAUACACUUACAAAACUGGACCUUCUGACACAUUUCACACACAGAACAGACACGUUUAAGUAAAAAGACAAAUUUAUUUCUUAAUCAGAAUAUACAAAGCAAUGGCUGAAGUAACCAAAUGCCAUUCUGGUUUUGAAAAAGGCAGUCUUGUACACCAAACACGGAUACCCAACCACAACAUAAAACUCAAAAAAAAAAA